UCUUGUUAGACAGUCGCUUCCUGAGUUUAAGCAAGCUCCUUCAAGCUACUUCAAUACUCGAAAUCUAUAUCCACAAGAUGCGUUUGAUCCUGCUGUCUGUCGUUGUUCUAUUGGGUCUGGCCUGUGCCUUUGCCCUGGAGGAUAAUGGAGCCAAUCUGAAGGACCUGCUGGGCGUGGCCGAUCAGGGAGAGGCCCAUGCCGAGGCUGGAGUGCGUGAGGCACGAGGAUAUAGACAUGGACACUACCGAGGACACCACCAUGGACACCACUAUAGACACCACCAUGGACACCACUAUAGACACCACCAUGGGCACAAAUAUUAUCAUUAGCUAGUCUUCAGCUAUAAAAUUUAAUUUGACAAAUUGUAUUUCACGAUUUGAAAUAUUUUGAAAUAAAAGAGCAUUGAAAAACAAGAAA